GGGGCCGAUAGAAAAUGGCGAGUCUGUGCAAAAGGCAGCAAUGCACGAUCGAGAGGCGCGGCUUUCGGCAGGAACUUGACUCGUGGCGGCAUAAACUAAUUCACUGUGUAGGGUUUGAAAGCAUUUUGGAAGGGCUGUUUGGGCCAGGACUUGUAAAAGAUCUUACCCUAUUUCAAGAUUGCGAGCCCGAAAGUGUGUCAGAUUGGUCGUUUGAUGAAAAUUGUCUUUUCUGCUGCUUAAGAAGAGAGAAAGUGAAGGAACACUUGGUUGGCUUAAACAACCAGGUCUUGUUAGCUGAGGAGGACAGCUGCAAACAGGAACAGUCCAAAAUUAACCGUCUGGAGAAACAAGCAGAAGAGUUCCUCAAUGCUGUCUUCUACAGAAAAGCAGAUAUCCCUGGCUUCUCAGACCCCCAUAUUCCUCUAGUGGCUCGCGAGAUAAUGCAGCGAAUGAUCCGGCAGUUCGCUGCGGAAUAUACCUCAAAAACCAGCUCAUCUCAGGACUCCCUCCAGCCCAACGGGACCACCAAGGACCAAAGCCUGCCGAAAGCGCCCUCGCUCGCCCUCGCCCUCACCCCCGCCCCCGGCAACACCCCCCCGGCCUCCGCCGCCAUCACCACUGCUGUCACUGCUGCUGCCGCCUCUGCCCAGAAUCCCGUUCUCAGCAAGCUUCUCAUGGCUGACCAGGACUCUCCUCUGGACCUCACCGUCAAGAAGGCCGAAAUCGAACCCAGCGACCAAGAUGGAGUCCUCGAUCUUUCAACCAAGAAGAAUCACAAUGUGGGCAGUGUCUCAGUAAAGAACUCUCAUGGUUACUCUGUGGCGCCAAGGGUCAAAGGGCGUCCCGUGAGAGCUGACCACAUCUUUCGGGAUGGAGAUGGAGAGGACGGGCUGCCCCCGAGAAGCUUACAGGACGGGACGAGGGAGAAUUUCGGAAACUCCACCCCCCUCAAGCCCCCGCUCGCUCGCUCGCUGCUGAUCAAGGAAGAGCUGCUCGCCCAGAAACAGCGCCUGCUCCGUCCGCCCGGCCCCCUCACCAGCCUGGACUCGGCGGGCCUGCUCAACCACGGCCAGCGCCCCCUGCUGUCCCGGGACGGCUCCUGGAGCAAGUCUCACUUCGACAGCCUUCUGAAGCUCAAAGCUAGCAGCACCCUCAACGACCUGAAGGACCUGCCCUUCUACCUGGAGAACUCGGGCGUGUUCUCCAAGGGUCCCGGCCUGACCAAGUCGCAGGAAGCCAAGAAAGACCACGGGCACUCGCCCCCUGUCGACCUGAAGAUACCGCAGGUGAGGGGCAUGGACUUGUCCUGGGACUCCCACACCUCUGACCUCUACGGGUACGGCUCGCUGGUGGUGGGCCCGCACUCCGAAAACGCCCUGAGCAAGAAGCUGCGGGCCAUCCUCCCCAAGCAGAACAGGCGGGGCGGCCUGGGGGGCAUCCUGGACGGGUCGGCGGAUUUCUGGGGGUCGGACGUGGAGCAGUCCACCUCCGGGCAGCAGUACCCUACCUCCGACCCGGAGGGGGAUCCCAGCUCGAAACAGCCGAGGAAGAAGAGGGGCCGGUACCGGCAGUACAACAGCGAGAUCCUCGAGGAGGCCAUCUCCGUGGUGAUGAACGGGAAGAUGAGCGUCUCCAAGGCGCAGAACAUGUACGGGAUCCCCCACAGCACGCUGGAGUACAAGGUGAAGGAGCGUCUGGGAACACUGAAAAACCCUCCAAAGAAGAAGCUGAAGCUGAUGAGGAUGGAAGGGCAGGAGAUGGUGGCCGACUCGGAACCCACACCCAGGGAGGAGGGCUCCCAGGGGGGCAGCGAUUCGAAAGAUGAGUAAAAAGGCUUAAAGAAUAGCAGAACGAAACGAAACAAAAAAAAAAUUAACGGGGGCUUCAGUUGUGCCAAUUUUACUUUGCAGUAUCUGGGUGAGCACAAACGCAGGGAUUUAAGGAGAAAAAUUAAGAACUCUGGAGAGAGUGAAAUAUACUAAUCUGCUCAUUUUACAGUGGUGACUUUGACACUGUAGAAGCAUUUGUUGUUUUUUUAAGGUUGCAAAGCAAAUGCAUUUGAAGCCAUGUGAUUAUGUGAUACCAUACACAAAUUUUUUGUAAAGGAAGCUGAUUAACCCACCCCACCACCCCUUUUCUGAACUUGUUGCCCCCUACUGACCAGGGCUAGCCUGUUUCAUAGGGGCAGCAGAGGGCAAAAAUAAAAAUUUGUGGACUGCAUGGGGGAAGAGAGGGGGGGUUAACCCUUGAACAAAUUGUUUAUGAAGUGCCCCUUGCUAAAACUCCCCCUCUAACAGGAAAAAGCAUAGAUAAGAUUAAAAAGUGAAAUUGGUAAAAAGAAAAAUCAGUUCGAAGGAUACUAGUUUAGUACUAUUAAAGAUAAUAUCACCAGGGAUCCUCAACCCAGAUUUAAAACAUUAUUAUUAUUAUUAUUAUUAUUAUUAUUAUUAUUAUUAUUAUUAUUUCAAUGUCAGUUAGACAAUGGAUUUUUGGUUCAUGAGAAUUUCUAUAAAACAUCACUUAAAAAAAAUAUUAUGCUUCAUGCGAACCUUCGGACGACAAACGUACACAGCCUAUUGACAUAACAAAAAAAAAUCAUUCAGGGAUGCAUGUUUUGUGAGACUUUUCUUAAUUUCCGAGUUAGUUUGCUUUGGUUUGCACUACGUGUUUGGUCGUGUGCUCUGUGAGGCUUGCCGAACCCUUUUCGGGGACGACAGCUCCUGGCAGACCUGAUUACCUCUUAACUGCUGUCUCAGCAAUCUGCACUUAAGGUCUGCUAGAUACUUUCUGUUCCUCCGUUUCCUGGUGAGCACUUUUCAUUUCAGAUGCAUUUAUGUAGUUUCUUUUGUUUGUGGGGAGGGGACGUGCUAACUUGAAUCAUGCUAAGAACACACACACACACACACGCACGGCCAUUUUAAGUUGAGGUUUUAGCAAGCGAGGCUGCGUACGUCCAUUGAUGAUUUAAAAAAAAAAUUAUUUCCCGCUGCAACAUCUUACUGUUGAAGUACAUUUUAUUUGGGCUGGGGGGCAGGACAGGAGAAGAAUUAAAGUGGGGGUGGUGGGGUAAAUUUAAUAUAUUAUAAAUUAUUCUACUGACUUAAAGCCAAUCUUAAUUUUGGGUUAUUUUCGUUUUCAACUCAGGGUCACUGAGAACUAUUAAUCUGUUUUAACAUUCUUUUUUUGUUCCUGAAGUGCAGUUUUCAAAUUAUUAUUAUGUUUUGCUCGUUCUUUUUUGGAACGGAUUCAUUUUGGGGUUGGGUUUGGGGAUUGGGUGUUAAAUCACAGCCAUGGUCAAUGGACUUAAGUGUGGAGAAUUAAGAAAAAAUGUUUAAGCUGAUGGGCAGUUGUUGGGGAUGGGGGUAAAUAUGUCCAUACAUUUCUGAAAAUAGCACUUUUUAAAAGAGAAGACAUUUGUGCAUGUGUAUGUGUGUGUGUGUGUACGUUUGUUUGUUUGUUUGUUUGCGUUUAUGUGUGUGUGUGUGUGUGUGUGUGUGUGUGUGCACAUGUGUACGUAUGUGCACGUGUGCGUAAGUGUAUGUGUGUACGUGUGUGUGUGUGUGUGGUGGGAGGAAGGUGACCACAACACAAAAGCUUUAGUGUCUGAAUAUGAUCUGAAAACCUGCAGCUUGGACCCAAACAGAUAAUUUCUUUCAAUUACCUCUUCAAAAUACACUGGCUGACAGCUCGAAUUGUCAGGUUUGGUGUAAUUCCCAUCCCUGCAUCCUAUCUGAUAGGCAGAGGUGGAAAUUCUCUUAUAAAUAAUGGGGGUGGGGGGAUCCUAUUAGGGAAAAAAAAUAUGCUCUUUAAAGUCCUGCUUCAUUUUCCUUUGAUGAAAGCAGACUAGAUGGCAUUAUAUGCUACUUUUUUUACAUUGCUUUUUAGCACUUACUCUGAGUUCCUUUUAAAUAAACUGGCUCCAACACUGCCUGGUGCUCACCCAGUCUGAAGUGACAAAAAAAAGAUUAUUUUAAAUAAAUUGUGUAUCAAGCAUCUCCAUUAUUGCAAACUGAUGAAACACUCCUUGCAAUGUACAUUUUAUUUUACGAAAUGGCAUGCACCAAUUCAGACUUUACAGAGAGUAAAUAUGUUGAAUUUAGUACUGUGAGUAUGUGGAACACACUGUGUUGUGUUUGCUGGGUCAGCGACAAGGAAUGAUUAGGGUAAUUGUUUUUUUUAUGGAUGUCUUAAAUUAAAUUUCACGCAUUAUACAAAUCUUGCAAGUAUGGCAAAUCUACUGUUAACUGACCAAUUGACAUUCUGUGUUAACCAGUUCAAAAGCAUUGACCUCAAAUCUGUUUUUUGUAGUUUAGCUACAAUGCCUACUUUGUUUGCAGUAAUGUUUCACUUGUGAAUGAGGCCCUUUCAGAUAAUAUUUUGCUCAGAAUCAUGCAUCAAAUGCAUAAAAAACACUGUAUUAAUGCUGAGCAUUUAAAGUGUCUAAUUCGAAUUUAGUUGUUGAUUAAGUAGUAUGUAAAGGUCCCCUUGAAUCUUGAACUGUACUGUUUUAAGGAUUUACUGCAAUUAAUGUUUAAAUAUUAUUGUGUUAUUAUUUGAAAGCACUUGAGUGGGGGAGGGGGAUGAUUUUGUUAUGCACAUAACCUCUGAUUUGUGGUUUAAAUAGCUUAAUUUUGCUCAGCAGAAACACUGUUUUAGAUGCAGUGCUAAAAAUAUCUAAAAAAAAAAAAAAAAAAAGCAUUCUGCUUUUUUGACUUGGGUAGUAUGCUUUCAUGAACACACAUGCGCAGACUUCUGUAUGUCUCUGUGCAUAAUAUUUUGUUUAUAAAAUGAAGUGGUCAAAUGGAUGAUUUUCCCCGUACGAUUGAAUGCACUUGCUAAAUGUCAUACUGAAGUGCAGGAUUAAAUUCAGUGCACUUGCUUCUAAGCCCUGGAGAGCAAGACCAGCUGUUUUAUUGCCCUCGAACCAUUCUCAUGACAACUUUUAUGAAAAGUUUACUUCGAAAUUAGGUGUAUGUUUCUCCCUUGGUCUUUCAAAUAAGAAUCGGAGAAUUAAAUAACAUAGUUAUACCUGUUUCCUCUCAGGAAGUCUCAUCUGCAAUUCCACAUCCUUUCAAUUAAGCAUUUCUGGCAGUUCUGCCUUUCGUCGUUACUGUUUAGAAGCAGAGCGGUGGGAUAGCGGUAAUGCCUUGAGCGGCAGACGGACGUGGUUGAUUGAUUGAACAAGCAGCUGGUCUUCCAGGUCUCAAGAAAAGUGUUAUUUUUGCGAGUGAUCAUUUGGUUGCUCUGCCAGGCCUGAGACAUUGCACCGAUAGUGGUUGGAGCCCUUUUCCUUGUCGUUGUUUCGCAAACACAACCAAAAAAAAGUCCAAAAUACUCAUUUGCAUAGGCUUAAGGAAAUGGUAAACUGGAAACAACAAUUCAUGUACCAGGGUGUAAGCUUUGGCACCUCAACGCAUUUGUAUGUGAUUAUAAUAUCUAUGGUACUGUGGUGUGUGCCAUUUUGUUUUGUUUUUUUGUUUGUUUGUUAAUGCGUGAUGUUUUGACUGAGUUAACAGAUUCCCCUGUCCACAAAAAUGUCCUUCUCGGUAGAUCUCGUUUAGUUCCAGAAAAUUUCCAUAUUCACGCAAAUGAAUGUAGAGACCAACAUUUUACUAUUUAAACUCUGCAAAAAAAAGGACUACUUCUUCCUCUUCUUUUUCUUUUCCUUCAGUGACUUGCUUUAAGUAGACUUUCAGGCAACGUUCACUUGUAGCCUUCAAUGUAUCUCAGGAUAGUUACAGGAGGGCAGCUAUAUUUGUCAGUUAGAGAAUGCAGACUUGACUACCUGUAUGAAAUGAAAACUAUAUAUAACAUUUUUAACUUGGCUUUCUGCGUCCAAGUGUAAUACCUCAGUCUCGGAAAUCACUUCAUUUCCGUGCCUCUUACUUGUAUCCCUCUCAGGAGCGUGUGAAGAAGGGAUAGUUGAUACUCUGGGAAAAGACCAUUCCUUCUCUUGUUUUUGUUCACUUUCCUCUUUCGGGCAGGGGAGGGGGUGUUUCGUACUGUACAUCUGACUGACCAAUAUUUGAACCCUUCUUAUUCAGGUAUGUUCACAAAAAUCAACCUCAUUGAAUUGUGGUACAAACAAAAAAAAAACAGCAAAAAAAAAUAGUUUUUUAUUUAUUUGUUUGUGCCCCUCAAAGCCUUUUCUUCUUAAUUCCACUCUUCUUAAUUAAACUUUUUAAUGCUGGGUCCUGCUUUACUCUGGUGGUUUCCAGAGGCAGGGCACCAGAACGGGAGACCCUCUAGAUGCAGGUUUAACUUAUAUUCAAGCUUCAGGUUUAAGCAACGCUGGGAUAUCUGAUAUGUGAGAUCUGUGAGCAGGUAUUGGGACAGGGGAAAAUGUUCAUUCUCAGCUGUUCAUUCUUUUUAACCUUGUUUUACACUGCAUUCCAAAAAAAAAAUUAUUUUACCUUUAUGAAAAAAAAUGAUAUAUAUAAUAUUUAUUUAAAUUUGUCUUCAGGUAAUUGUAUCUUUUUUCAUUUUUGCCGAUGUCAUGUGAGAUUGUAACUAAAUCAAUGCAGAUGACCUCAAUUUAUAGUAACCAUAUAUGUGCCAUGUUCCCUAAAUGGCACACAGUACCUUUGAGAAAUGUCUAUAUAUAAUAUAAUAUAUACAUAUAUAUUGCCAUGCUCAUAAAAUAUUAAGUGUUUUCAAUAUGCCGCAUAUCCGAUUGACAGUUGAUACCUCAGGUCACACCACUACAGAGCAGCUGAUUGUACAUGUGCUAAUAUGGCAGAUCAGGAUUUUUAUUACAAUUAUAUUUAUGGAUUUGUAGACAUGGUGGGAAUUAUUAUUAUUGUUAUUAUUAUUAUAAUUAUUAUUAUUAUUAUUAUUAUUAUUAGUAUAUUUACUAAACAGAACCCAGGUCUUUUUCACUACUUUAUUAAGUCUAGCACAUCAUCGGGAAAGAACAGCACAUAUGCGCCGUCAGGUUAUCAUUCCACACGCGAUGGUGUGGGUGGAUUACAUAUUAUUACCAAACGCCAAGUCUAGCUCCUUUUUAGAACAGGUAGGCGAGACAGUGGAGAGUUACAGGCAUGAGCUCUGAUGUCUGUAGGCUGGAAACUCUGGUACACCAGUUACAUACACACACACAGUAAGGAGAAAAACAUUUUUCAAAAAAAAAAAAAGAAAACUAAGGUGACAAAAACCUGUCACCUUUGUCCAUUUCAGUUAAUUUAAUUAGCUGUGUUGGGGAGAACUUGUAAAAGAAAGUGAGGUCUUGCGUGGGUUUCUUUUUUUGCAGGCCUCACACGAUGGAAAGAUUUCUUAUUUUUUUAUCAAGAGUACUUCAGCUUUGCUUCAUGUUUCAUGGUUCACACUCCUUGUAAUAAAAAGAUCAUCCACUGUCCAUUGUAAAAGUUUCCAUAAGCAAACUUUGUUGCGAGACCCCUGAAAAUAGGUGAGAAAAAACCUUUGCGGGGCUUUUCUUUUGGGGGUGGGAGGUUGGGGGAGGGGAUGAAACAAGGAUAUGUCAAUUUAUGACAUCUGGCGAAAGUUAAAGGCAAGGCACACUAUAAAACUGCUGGGAAGAAGUCGAAGCUGCUGGACCUCAAAGCUUACUCCAAAAUUGUAGAGCCGAGUAGCAGAACUGAAUACAAGCCCACAUUUCAGACGUGAUCAAGUUCUCCCUCGGAUGAAAUACCUGUAUACAAUACAGUCAGUGACAACACAGUUGUGAAACCCAAGUGUAUGCUUUUUCAAUUGAGGAUUUCCCCUAAGUCAUAUCACAUGCAGAAUCUCUCAGAUCAUGGGGGCUGGAGUACUGUCCAAAAUCUUUGAUUUAAAAGCUAAUUGAUUCAUUAAAUGUUCAGUCAGUUAAUGCCAGUGGCUGAUUUAAGAACUAUGCAUUGGGAUUUUGCCAUUGCUUGGGGUGGGCAUGUGAUGCAAAUUGAAGCUGCUGUCACACUAACAGUAAGAUCUACACUACAGCGCAAUGAAGGCUGCUGUGUGUAAGGCUGCUGGUUCCCCCUUAGACUAAAGAGCUUUUGUCUCAAUCCAGGUGUAAUGUCCUUUGGCAAGUAAACAAGUAGUUCAUGUUCUUUACUAGCCAAACCGAAUCCUUAGCCUAUAUUCUUAGAGGACUACGCAUAUUGUUUUCUUAUGAUGAGAAAAUGAUCAAGCUGUGUAGUGCCAUUACUUUAGUCAGAAGUGCAUGUUCCUUUCCCCACAGUUAUUCAGAAUUUAAGAUGAUUGUGAGCCAUUCAGAAGUUUUAGAUUUAGUGCAGGAGUCACUUUUCAGAGAUAUUCAAGAUAACCUAGGGAAGCAUUAUGAUAAAUUAUGUUUCAUCAAAAGCAGAAGGAGCAGGAGUCGAUCACUGACUGUAUAUGAACAAGGUCAUUCUUUGAUGUAGAAGAAAAAAUAAUCCCUAUUGCAAUUCUAAAUAAAUGAAACCGUGAAAAUUGACCCCGCCACUCUCAUAUUUACCACAUUAUUUUGCAAAUUGUAUAACCAGUGAAGGCACCAGAACAACAUCUAUAAUUAUUUCAUUUUUUUUGCUUAACAAAAAUCCUCUAGUUUAUAAUGCAGACUUAGAGCCCUGAACUAAAACCACCUCAGAUUCAAUUAAAACUCAAAGCUUAUGAACGAACUGUAUAUAAAAGUCAUUGACGUCCUUAAAAAUUCUAGUGUUAUUGGCUAUCAAAGGGCUGCUCUUGAAUGUUGCCAAGACAAUCGUGCAGCAAUGUUCGCAGGUGAAGGUGUGCCUCUCCUUUAAGAGCAUGGUUUUAUCUUUUUGAGCAAAUGAAGGAUUUUCUAAGCUGUGUUUUUUAAAAGCAUUAUUUUGUAGCAGUUGUCUUUCCCCCAGUCUUGCUUGCAGGUGGCUAUGACAAUUGAACAUGCAUUGCUUGUUUGUGUAGAAAUCUAGCUUUUUAAUGUGAUUGAGUUGGUAUUUGUAUGGCUGUUUAAUUGGUGGACAUAUUUUGCCUCUUUUUUUGACGUACAGUUCCAAUGCAUAAAAUCAAAAGAAUCCAUAAUGAUGGUGAAAGUCAGGUGGUUUUCGAACACUGCCUGGGGCAAACAAAUCCUUUCAAAGAUUGUCACUUGAAUUUUCUUUUCUUUUAAAGUACUCUUAUUAUGGCCCAAAUAAUUGUCAUUUAUGUGAAUUUUUUUUUCAUGAAACAUUGUGACAUUGUUAUGUUUGAAAAUUCCAUUUUGAAUUCCAAAAGACUGUAAAAUAAUGAUCUUUUGUGGGGUGGAAAAAAAAACAAAACAUCAGCCUGCCCAUUUUGUUGUUAUGAGAUGGUGAGGGGGGAUGUAUGUUAUAAAAGAUUGGAAAGGGGUGGGGGUAGUCCUCUGUCAUGGUGUGGUUAAGUUUGUUGUUUGAAUUUGAUUAUAAAAGAAUGGACUUUUGGAGACUGUAUGUAGCACUUGAAAUGUACAGGAUAAGGAGAUUUCUCACUGGAAUCCACUUUGGAUUUACUAGUCAUUUUCUUCGCUAGGGAAAGUGGUUUAACAGGCAUUUUUUUGGCACCCUGAACACUAUUACUGUGUUUCUAUGUGCGAUCUGUGAUUUUGCAAGGUCAGCAUUUUCUUUUUCCCUUUCUAAAGUUUUUCCUCAUCAGAAUUUCGUAAAAUUGGGCAGCAGAUUUCUCAACUUAUCUUCAUAAUGUGAGUAAAUUCCCAUUUUCAUUUUUUUUGCGAGAAAAAAGAACUGUUAUUUGGGCAGAACUGACAUUUUAUCAUCUGUGUUGCAAUGAACUGAGCUUUCAGGCAUUUUUAAAGGAGAGGUGAAUGCAGAUUUUCUGUUGUGAAACUGAUAUUCAUCAUGUGAUGUGCAUUAAUGUGAUUUGUUUUACAGCAAAUGUCUCACAAUUUAAAAUAAGGUGGGCCUAAUUUCAGGAACUAAAUCUCUAUCCCACUGCAAUAUUGAAGAGCCUACUUCUGCAAACUUAAGGUUGGGCAGUUUGUGAAUAUUUUAAGGUCCUAUUGAAAAUUUCAUGAACUCUCACAAAAGCUGCUUAAUAUUUUAAAGGUUGAGCUGUUAAUUUUGUAUGAUGUUUCAGAUUUGAGUGUUGGUGGUUGUUGCCUGAAGACAUGGCUUGUUCAAAAACAUUUUUGGGCUUUGAUUGAAGUCUUCAUCUUUUGUCUAGUCACACGGAACCUGAGGGGAUUCCUGUUUUUGCUAGGUUUCUCCCACUCUGUUUCUUAAGUUUUAUUUCUUCGAUCACCACAUGCCUGCCUUUUUUGGUUAUCUACUCAAGUCAAGAUACACAUACAUAUUUUUUGUGUAUGUA